UGCAACCAGUUCUUCGCCAAUCAAUUCCUCACGGGCCGUGUUUGUUUUAAGUUAAAAUUAGUAAAUUACCCAAUGCAAUCAGCUUGCCAACCGAUUCGGAGUGCGGACCUUGACAAUCGUGUACUGAAGCAAUCCGUGAAAAUGCCGAAAAACUGCGGGCGUUGAAAAAAUCGCUGUGAAUCGCGCAAAAUGCAUUUUUAACACCAUCAGCAGCAGCAGCAGCAACAACAACGCAGUGAACGGCAAUAACAACAACAACGAAGCAACAACACCAAUAAUAACAGCAACAACAAAAAAUCAUCAAUAAGAAACCGACAAAAAACGCGUUAAAAGUUUUGGAGUUGCUCACUGGCCGCUUCGUUUUUUGUUUAUUUUUUAUGUUCAUUUUUGGAGGGCAGUAGGCAACGAGGGAAGAAAAAAGGAAAAUAAGGAAAAGCGCCAGGCAGGACACACAGAACUCAUCAAUAUUCGAAAAAGCAAUUGAGUCGAGGCAUCAAUUCAUCAAUUAUUCAAAAUGACCGAAGACGAAAUUCUCUUUGACGACGUCUACGAACUGUGCGAGGUCAUUGGCAAAGGACCUUUCUCCAUUGUGAGGCGAUGCAUACACAGGGAGUCCAAUCAGCAGUUUGCUGUCAAAAUCGUUGAUGUGGCCAAGUUCACAGCGAGUCCUGGACUGAGCACGGCGGAUCUGAAGCGCGAGGCCACAAUAUGUCACAUGCUCAAGCAUCCGCACAUCGUCGAGCUGCUGGAGACAUACAGCUCCGAGGGAAUGCUCUACAUGGUCUUCGAGUUCAUGGAGGGCUCCGACUUGUGCUUCGAGGUUGUGCGUCGGGCUGUUGCCGGUUUUGUCUACAGCGAGGCGGUUGCUUGUCACUAUAUGCGCCAGAUCCUGGAGGCAUUGCGCUAUUGUCACGAAAACGACAUCCUGCACAGGGAUGUACGUCCUGCUUGUGCUCUACUUGCCACCGUCGACAAUUCGGCGCCCGUGAAACUUGGCGGCUUCGGAUCGGCUAUCCAGCUGCCGGGCACCAGAGAAACCAUAGAAACACAUGGACGUGUCGGAUGUCCACAUUACAUGGCGCCAGAGGUGGUGACCCGGCGGCUUUACGGCAAGGGAUGCGAUGUUUGGGGUGCUGGAGUUAUGCUGCACGUUCUGCUCUCUGGCAGAUUGCCUUUUCUGGGAUCAGGAGUACGGUUGCAGCAGUCUAUAGCACGCGGUCGGUUAUCGUUUGAGGCACCCGAGUGGAAAUCUAUUUCGGCGAAUGCCAAGGAUCUAGUCAUGAAAAUGCUGGCCGCAAAUCCCCAUCACAGACUCUCUAUCACCGAGGUGCUUGAUCAUCCGUGGAUACGAGAUCGGGAUAAAUUACAGCGCACUCACUUGGCGGAUACGGUGGAGGAAUUGAAGCGCUAUAAUGCCAGGCGCAAGCUUAAAGGUGCUGUUCAGGCCAUCGCUGGAGGCACCAACAUGGAUCCGCUAUAUGCCACCGAUGCGGACAUGCCCAUAGCCGGUGCCACGGAUGAGUGGGCCGACGAAGAGGCGGGCAUCGAGGCAGUGCAACGCAUCCUGGACUGCCUUGACGACAUAUACUCAUUGCAGGAUGCUCAUGUCGAUGCGGAUGUGCUGCGGGAUAUGUUGCGCGACAGCAGGCUGCACCAAUUUCUGCAGCUGUUUGACAGGAUCGCGGCGACAGUGGUGACCAGCAAUGGACGAGCACCUGCUGCCGAGGCCGUUGGACGUUGUCGUGAUGUCCUGGAGCUACUCUCAUCGACGGCUGGCGGCAAUACUCUGGGCGGCAAGUAUGCCAAGGACGAACUGCUGCAGCUCCUGGCCGCCCCCACAUGCAGAAAUCGCAUGCUAGAAAAUUUGAAAAUAUAUAAAAAGCUAAACCAAAAAACCAAAUCAAUUCAAAAUUAAAUUCUAAAAAGUUG